CCGAGCCCCGCGGGAGAGGGCGAUGGGCGGAGCGGGGGCCCUGCCCAGCCGGCUGCCGCAGACAGAUCACUCGCCCGGCGCGCGGGCCGCCUGCACGGGAGGAGAUGAAAUUCCCCGGCUCCGUUCUCGUCUCCCUGCUCCUCUUCGUAGCCGAGACGGGCACCGCCCUGUACCUGAGCAGCACCUACCGCUCGGCGGGGGACCGCAUCUGGCAGGCGCUGACCCUGCUCUUCGCCCUCCUGUCCUGCGUGCUGGUGCAGUUCAACCUGGUCUUUAUCCACCGGGACCUGAGCCGGGACAGACCCCUGGUGCUGCUGCUGCACAUCCUGCAGCUGGGACCCAUUGUCAGGUGUGUGGAGGUCUUUUACAUUUACUUUCAUGCGGGGAGAUUUGAAGAGCCUUAUGUCAGCAUCACCAAGAAGAGGCAGAUGCCUAAAGAUGGACAUUCAGAAGAAGUUGAGAAGGAAGUGGGCCAGGCUGAAGGCAAACUGUUUACACAUAGAUCUGCAUUCAGCAGGGCAUCUGUGAUCCAGGCUUUCCUCGGCUCAGCGCCUCAGCUGACACUUCAGCUGUAUAUAUGUGUCCUGCAGCAGGAGAUCACGGCAGCUAGAAGCAUCUUCAUGGUCCUUUCUCUGCUGUCGAUUGUAUAUGGUGCAUUACGCUGCAACAUCCUCGCCAUUAAGAUUAAGUAUGAUGAUUAUGACGUCAGCGUGAAAGCUGCAGCCUACCUCUGCAUAUUCCUCUGGAGAAGCUUUGAGAUUGCCACCCGGGUUGUAGUCCUGGUCCUUUUCAGUUCUGUGCUGCAAAUCUGGGUCCUGCCUGUGGUGCUCCUGAAUUUCUUUGGCUUUUUCUUUUACCCCUGGAUUCUCUUUUGGCAAAGCAAGUCCCCUUUCCCUGAAAACAUAGAGAAGGCUUUGACCAGGGUGGGCACGACCAUUGUACUGUGCCUCCUCACCUUCUUGUAUGCUGGCAUUAACAUGUUCUGCUGGUCAGCAGUGCAGCUGAAGCUAAAUGAUCCUGACUUAAUUAACAAAUCCCAAAAUUGGUACCGACUGGCUGUAUAUUAUAUGCUAAGGUUCAUUGAGAAUGCCUUCCUCCUCUUGCUGUGGUAUGUCUAUAAAACAGACGUCUACCUGUAUGUGUGUGCCCCUUUAUUAGUCUUGCAGCUGCUGAUUGGCUAUUGCAUGGCCAUCCUGUUCAUGCUGGUGUUCUACCAGUUCUGCCACCCAUGCAAAAAGCUCUUCUCAUCCAGUAUUUCAGAAGGUUUGCUGUCGUGUUUCAAGUACCUCUGCUUUGCUUGCAAACUGCCUAAGGCCGCCGCGCCUGUGGAUAAGGCAGACUUGAAAUCACCAGAUGGUAUUGGUGAUGAUGCACAGGCCAGUUACAAGACAAAUGAGUCUCAGAAUGGGAAUCCGCAUCAGAGUGUUUCUUCCAAUGCGUAAAGUGGCUAGUGGCAAGCAGGCAGAACUGGAAAGCUACUGCACUCUUACCCAAAGCAUUGUGUACCUUGGACGCUGAGCCUUGUUAAUUUUUCUGCCAGUGCAGCUGUACUGUAUGGGUACUCUGACAUGCAUGGCACACUUGACACAUGUACACAUACAGCAACCACUGUCUGUGGAUUUAUAUUACAUGGUGAUUUCACACAGAGGUUUAUCAUCUGCUUAGUCUGAAAUCCCUACAGGAGACAUCUUUAAAUUGUAGCAAAAUGGACCUGACUCUGGUCGGGUUCAUUCAGGAGGUCUGAGGAGAAUGAGAAGACCUAGGAAAUGCAAUAUGUAGAGAAUGUCAUGAGAGCAGGCCACUUCAGCAUGGAAGCUGAGCAUGGUACUGGACUACCUAGUAAUUGUAGAUGAUUAGCUGUGGUCUAGCUGGUUUUCUGCUUUUAAGAUAAUCAGCUCUUACAUCCUGACUGGUGCAAUACCAUACCACAGGCUUUUGUGACAUCAGGAUUAGACUGCUGCAAGGCAUUCUAUACAAGGCUGCCUACGACGCAGGCCAGUUCCCUACUGCUGGUAUUGGAGCAUGAUUAUUUCUGAGAAUGGCCAGAGGGCAUUAGGCUCAUGCACUCUUUCACUGUCUGCAUUUGCUGCUUCUUGGUUUGUAGAUCGAGUUUAAAGUAUUCAUUGUAAUGUUUAAAGCCUUGAAUGGACGGGGUGUCGUGUACAUUACCAAACGCCCAACACACUAUGUCUGGAAAUAUCUCUAACUAGAGGCAGAGCCAUAUCAAUCGGUCGUAUAGCAGCAGAAGAAAUUCAGCCCGUCUUUUUUAUUUAAUGUUAUGUUUUGGUUAUCACAGCAUCAGUAUUUUGGACUACCUUGCCCUGUUGGCUUCAGAAGUGCCAGAGAUUUGGGUCCUUUUAAAAGAGGAGCUUAAAGACUUUUUCGCACAACAUCGCCUUGAUUAAUCAAAAUGAUUUGUGUGCUUCAUAAGGUGCUGAGAACACUUUGGCAGCUUGGCACCCCAGAAAGACAGUUUAUUCGGAGCAUUUUAAAAAGAGGUUUGUUUUGUUUUAAAAUGCAAUCCAUGGACUGCAAGUCUGAAGAAUGUAUUCACUUAUUCAGCCUUUCAUGUUUGAUUCAGCGCCUUGUGUUUGUCCUGAGCCUAACACACUGUGGGUGCCACUGGAAACAAAUGACAGGAAUUCAUUAAUUGGAAUCCCUUUUACCAUUCAUUGGCUAAGUCUCUAUUCUGCUUUAAAGUAGACCGUGACGUCCUUGAAAGAAACGAUGAUGUCAGUGCACCUGUAUCAGAAUUGUCAUGAGAUGGGAGUAGGGACAGAGACAUGGCAAGUUGCACUUGCACCUAGAAUGCUGCAAGAGUCUGAGCUCUUUUUAUUACUGGAUGUUUUCAUGCUGCAGUUGUACAGUGUAGCUAUUUUUUUUUCUUUGGUGUGUGUGUGUGUGUGGCAUAUAUAUAUUGAACACCUCAUUACAUUAUGAGGUGGGAUAGUGUAAAGGCUUUCUUGGCAUGAGUUUGGCAUGGGCACAUGACUCACAUGUGGGCUUGACACCUACUCUGUAAAUGAGUCCACUUCCCCAGGUAGGUUUUGAAUAAGUUCUUGGGGAGACUGCAAUAUUUCUGUGUAAAGAAAAAACAUUCUAGAUCAUUUGCAGAAGUUUCUUAAUUAAUGAGUUAGAGGAACAGAUGGUGGAAGCUGUAAUUGUCUUCAAAGGAGCUACACUGAUUUACACCAGCUAAGAAUAUAGUGCAGAAUUUUUUUUCUUGGUCCAAGCCUGUACAGUUGGACACACAGGGAUGUAUUUUCCAACUUACAGUAGAACCUCAGAGUUAUGAACACCAGAAGUGACCAGUUAAACACACCUUAUUUGGAACUGGAAGUAAGCAAUCAGGCAGCAGCAGAGACCAAAAGAAAAAGAAAAAAGUAAAUACAAUACAGUACUGGGUUAAACGAAAACUACAAAAAAAAUUAAGGAAAAGCAGCAUUUUUCUUCUCAUAGUACAGUUUUGAAACUUUACCAAGUCAAUGUUCAGUUGUAAACUUUUGAAAGAACCAUAAACCAUAACGUUUUGUGCAGAGUUACGAACAUUUCAGAGUUACAAACAACCUCCAUUCCCGAGGUGCUCGUAACUCUGAGGUUCUACUGUACUUUGCUGAAGUUGGAUGUCUUACUUCUUAUUUAGACACCCAAUUGAUGACUAUGACAAUCAUCAUUAGGUUCCUGAAUACCUAAGUAGGUGCUAAUUUAGCACCUAGAUCUGACAUUUCGCCCUUUGGCAAUUAAGGCAGUUUAGCUUAACCUGAAGAGGGGAUGUUACUCCUGGGUAAAUUCAGUGCCAAAAAAAUUUAAAUUCUGUGCACAAUAUUUUAAAAUUCUGCAAAAAUCUGUACAUUUUAUUUGUCAAAAUAACAGUAUACAGUCACACCAGUUUCAAUUAUUUUGGUAUUUCAUUACAAAAUACCUAUCAGCAACUAUAUAGUGUAGACUAGUGGUUCUCAAAGCCACAGCCAGCACAUCCCUCUGCCUGCGCCGCUUCCCGCAGCCCCCAUUGGCCUGGGACGGCGAACCGCGGCCAGUGGGAGCCGCGAUCGGCAGAACCUGCGGAUGCAGCAGGUAAACAAACUGGCCCGGCCCGCCAGGGGCUUUCCCUGAACAAGUGGCGGACCGGCUUUGAGAACCACUGGUGUAGACCAGCCCAAUGUCUGUAACAAUACAGACACAAAAAAAUUCCUGCAGGAGUAGAGUUAAGGAAAGCCCUACAACAACCAAGUUCCUGUUUCUCUGCCCCUUCCCCACAGAACCCAGGAGGGGGGCCAGACAUCCACACCUCCUCUCCCUCCAGAGCCCAGCUGCAGGGCGCCCCCCCAGCCAAGACACUCACAUGCACCCCCUACCUCCCCAGAGCCCAGCUGCGUGUCCCCCCCCCCCCCCCCCGCCGCAGCCCAGACACUUGCAUCCCAUCCCCCACAGAGCGCAGGGAUCAGGAGGGAGAAACAGCCUGAUGCUGGGUCCAGGACUUGUAUGGAGUUUCAUGCACGGUGCCUCCUUCCUUCAGGGCGUGUGGGGAACUGCAGCACCCUCUAGCUUCCUCCCCCUCCCUCUGGCUCUGCUGGGUCCAGUGCCCCCUAGUAGCAGCCAGCAGCUCUGCAGCCCAUUUCUGUGGCGGGGGGAAGGAAAUUGCGCAAAAACAUUAAUUUCUGUGCAAAUUCUGCAUUGCGCAGUGGUGCAGAAUUCCCUCACAAGUAGGAUAUUAAGAAUAAUACCAAUGCAAUUCUCUGAGAUAUUUGUAAAGCAUUUCCCCCCGUAAUUCAUAUGGUUUAUGUGGGAUAAAUAAUGGUGUUGUGUUAUUGCCAUUUGGGAACAAUGCAAUCUUCCCAAAUUCAGGCCAAUAAGAUACUUAUACCACACUAAAAUAAAUAAUAGCAGAAGCUGACAUCUGAGAGUCUAGAAUACACAUAGACAUGGUGAGUAGUGUUUUAUUUCACAUACAAAUAAUGAAGUUCUAUGUAUGUACAUAUUUUUAGAGAAUGUUCUGUGUUAUUUACUAUUUUUAUACUGGUCUAUUGAAAUGCAUGUAGAGGCUACUGAAUAUAUUAAAUAACUAUAAUGAUGAUUAUAUAUGGGUUUUGUUGCAGUUCUGAUGCCUUUGCCUUAGCUAUGCAGCCAAUUAUAUCUGAGAUAAUAGGUCAAAUACUUCUAUGUAAGUGUUAUUAUUUAAGGCUGCCAUGCUCCAAAUAUACAGUCACUACAUCUAAGAGAAGAGGUUAAAUAAACCCAUCAGAUAACACGGCUGCUAUACAUAUUUUUGAUCACUCUGUGUUACCACUGCUGGUGGGAAGAGAAUGUAUGAAGGAAGGACAGAGGCAAAAGUCCUGUGCAGCGUUGGACUCUGUAUUUUAAAGGAUAGCUGUUGACCCACAUUUUCCCCUUCAUCCAAAUUGUACUAUGGCUCAGGCUCUGAUGCAUGACUGGCCUGGGGUACUAAUGAUUACAUUGAUCUUAUGCAUGCAGGGAGUAGGGGGCCACAAAGAAAUCCUUGCUCCAACAUUGACUGUCACUGAUCAGAAACACUGGUGUCAGAUCUGCACUCUAGUUGGUCAGUGUGUAGCAUGAAUUAAAGCUGUUCCCUAGCUAUUCAUAUUGAGGAAGGAACAGUGGUAGCUAUGAUUGUGUGUGUGUGUGUGUGUGUGUGUGUGUGUGAUUUUUUCAUAUGAAUAAAGGCUUGCAGGACCUGGUUCUUGUCUAUUCUCAUAUAUUUGUAAAACAAAGAAAUGUUGAUUAAAAUGAUGAAACGUGUUUGUGUCAGUCCCAGUUCUUAGAACUUCACUUUUUAGAAACCCACGUUUAAGAUUACACCACAUUGGCAUGUUUCAUGUCACACCAGAUCCAUUGGGACAGAACUGUAAUGUGUGUUUGCAUUAUCUAGGUACUAUAUUUGGGGAGUAAAAAGAAAAAAGGAAUCAGUGUUCUUAGUGGAGAGCGUGUACCACUAAAGAUAUUAAUUAAUAUCAGAAAAGUUGCUUUGUAAGUGAGCUACCAGUAUAAAGAAACUUGAGUCAAAUAAGGAAAGGAAACCCUAACGUUACAUUGCAGAUGACUGUAGGGUUGCCAUUUCUUGUGAUUUUUAUCACAAAUCUCAUGAUAUCUGAUGUUUUUCUUCAAGCCCCAGAUCAUGGAGUUAUGUGAUUGGGUGAGAAUCUCAGCCUUUCAUUUUUUUAAAGUAAGACCCUAGCCCUCAUUGUUGCAGAGAAAAGAUUGAAAACAAGACCCUCUAAAAUCUCAAGAACCAGAAGGCAAAUGAAAAGAACUUUCUCUCACUCACUUUUUAAAAUCUCAUGGUUUUUAGCCAAUCUCAUGAUUUUUGGGACCUGCCUCAUGACAAGUCAGUGCAGGGAGCUGAACUUGGUAGCUUCUCAAGGUCCUUUCCAGCACUACAUAUCUAUGACUUCUGAAUGCUUGGGGUUGGCAAGACUGAUAUAUAUUUUAAAACAAAAUUGCUGAAAACCAUUUUUUUAUGAACAUACCAGCUCCUAGCUUUUCUCUGCAACAGUUUCUAACAUCCAAACACGUAAAGCAGAAAUUUUCUUUCAUUCCCUGUGCUAUUCUAAGGUAGGGUAACCACCUUUUCAAAAGGCAAAAGCGGGACACAUGCAGGAGCCCUGCUCCCUGGCCAGGCCAGAAGCCGGAGCUGGGCUGUGGUAAGAGCCGCCCAGGGAGCUGGAACCACUAUGGGGAGCGGGACCCUCCACCUUCCCUGAGAGGAGGUCUGUGGUACUCGAGAGCAGCUCCUGGCCCAUGUCCCCUCCCCCUGGGGUGCACUGCCCAUGGCAGGUGGAGGGGCUAUGGCCCCCCACAGCGCCUGGGCUCCCUGGGCUGCUCUUACUACUGUCUGGCUCCGGCUUCUGGCCUAGCCAAGGGGUGGGGCCUAUGGGGAGGAGGAGAAGGGGCGGGGCCUCAUGGCAAAGGGCAGCCAAGGCCCACCUCAGCACCCUCCCCACAGGGAAGAGGCUGGCACCAGCCCUGAGCCUCAGGCAGGCAUGGAGUGGCCCCUCAGGGAAUCUGGGACAAAUGCUGUCCUGGAGUCAUUCAGCCCAGGACCUGGACUUGAACUCUGCAUUUCAGGACUGUCCCACCCAAUUCUGGUUGGCUGGUCACCUUAUUCUAAGUGCUUAUGUAGCAAAGGACAGAAUUCUGAACUCAGAAUUUGCAAGCUGAGUGGACAAGGAAUGGGUUUUUCAAAUACUUCUUCCUUUUUUCACACACACACACACACACACACACACACACACACACACACACACACACACACACACACACACACACACACACACACACACACACACACACACACACACACACACACACACACACACACACACACACACACACACACACACCCUCUGCUGAUGUGAGUCAGGAGAGACCCAGGUCUUGAAAAGCAGCAGAUGUGAGGGGGUCGUGUGAAUUCUUACUGCCAAAAAAAAUCAAUAUCGUAAAAAUAAAAUAUUUUGUAGACUCGUCAUAAAUUUUUGACUCUCUGGACAAAAUGAAAGGCAGUUUGUUCAGCCAGACAAACUACUAUAUUGCUGGGGUGGGGGAAAGGGGGAAGAGAUCCAAAUCUUAUAAAAAUAGCAAAAGUUUACCUGAGAAAAAACUGUCAAUUCUAUUCUUUGCUAAAUUUUACCCAGUCCAUAGUGGGAACCCAUUAUUGCUGACACUGACUCAGAAAUGGCAAUAUUUUCCUUUAGUUGAAUAGCAAGGUCUUGUGAAAUUUUCAAUGUAUAUAUGAAUGCAGUGCAUACUUGCAGAGCUCUAACUGCAGGCCAGGAUUAAAGUACAUUUAGAAGUGGGAGCCAAUUGCAGGAUGCCAGUUGUUGCCUGGUGAGAUUUUAAAAAGGACACAUCAUUGCAUGAACAAGCUAAGCAAUACAGCAAGUUACAAUUGCAGUUUUGUGCCUUUCUGGUUAAAGUGAACAUAGAAAAAACGGGGACAGGCCUAGCACGUAUUUGAGAUAUAAAUAGAAAAUAAUGUCUAAACAUAUGAAUGUAUGGGUGUGUGGUAGCUGUCUGCACAGAUUCCCAAUUGUCAAGAUUGCUCGUCUUUAGUAUCACAAGAUUAUCAAAAGUGAUUAGUAAGUUCACUCUUUGGGUGUCCAACUUGAAACCCUUCAGACAGGCCUGAAUUUCAUAAAGUGCUGAGCAGCUACCCUCUGAAAAACAGGCUCCUCUAAGGUGUCCCAAGUUGGGCAUCCAAAAAUUGAGGCAAUUAAAAUCACUAGUGACUUUUGAAAACCUUGGCCAACAAUAACAUGCCUUUACUUUCUCCAAAUAGGACAUUCAGGGCAAAAAUAGGAUGUUUGACCUGAGACCAGGUACAGAGCUGAUUAGCUUACUGAAGAAUAGAAUCCGCCUUAGGGGUAUUCAAGACCUCUGUGGGAAAACAGCGCACAGUGCAUGCCUCACACUACAUCAAUCUUAAACCUCUGCUAUUAGGUCCUCACUUUCAUGAGCAUUAAAAUCCACAUACACAUUUUAGCAGAAAAUAGCAAUACAUAAUAUAUGUUUCAUCUAUUAGCUUUUGAAAAUUUUCUUCAAAUAUUCUUUUCUUCCGGCUAACCUCUCCUGUCAGUCUACAACUUUAAUCAUCCAUAAAUGACAUGUCCAACAAAAUGAUGCAUGGUAUAUUUUGAUAACCAGACAACAAAGUCAGAGGUAGUCAGGUUACAGAUUAAUUCACUUCGACUUCUGCAGCCUUCUCAACUUCUAAGCAUUAAAUGAGGACUACAGCAUCUCACUGAAAGACACUUGAACUAUAUUUAUGUUGUGGUUAUGUAUGCAUUGCUGUGCUUGUAAACAGACUGCCAGUUUUGUAUCCUGAAUUGUGCCAAAUACAGUAACUGUAACAAAUACAAAGCUACAUGCUUGCAUCUGCUGCUCUGCAGUCAGUGACCCUAAUAAAUUUUGUUUAUGUUCUUUAAGCUGUA